CCCGCCGGGCCCUGAGCGCCGGGACGCCGGCGGCCGCCGGCCCCGCUCCGCCGCCCCCCGCCCCCGCUGGAGCCGCCGCCGGGACCAUGGAGGUCGUGGAGGCCAGCACCCUUCAGCAGGAGAGGCUGCAGGCCAUCGCGGAGAAGCGGAAGCGUCAGACGGAGAUCGAGAACAAAAGGCGGCAGCUCGAGGAUGACAGGCGGCAGCUGCAGCAUCUCAAGUCCAAGGCUCUGCGGGAGAGAUGGCUCCUGGAGGGGGCCCCAGCUUCUGCCUCCGAGGAGGAAGAGGCCAUGAAGAAACAGAUGCAGGAGGAUGAGGUGAAGACCAAGGAGCUGGAGGAAACCAUCCAGAGGCUGGAGAAGGAGCUGGAGAUGCUGGAGAACAGCAGCUCAGUGGCUUCGACCAAGGAGAACCUGGCAGAGGCAGCAGCCAAGGAGGAGAAGAAGGCUGAGGCUGUCCCCAACACGCAGAAGAGUCCCCUGGGCACAGUUAAGGCCGACAAGAGGGUCUCCAGCAGCCCCAUGAAGGCAGUGGAAGGCAGUGAAAUGAUGAAGGCAGCCAUGUACUCGGUGGAGAUCACAGUGGAGAAGGACAGAGUGACUGGGGAGACCAAGGUCCUGUCCAGCACCACCAUGCUCCCCCAGAACCACUGUCUGCAGGGGGUCAAAGUGUACGAGGAUGAGCUGAAAGUGGUGCAUGCGGUGAGUGCCGAGGACGGGGCCCUGCAGAACGGGGCCCACCCCCUCAGCUCCUCCGAGGUCGACGAGCUCCUGCACAAGGCGGACGAGGCCACCCUGAGUGAAGCUGCCGGGCGCCAGACCCCAGCCAAGGCUGGCAAGGGGGGAGGCAGCGCCCCGGGCAGCCAGAAGCCGACGCCGCGGCGGGAGAUCACGGGGCUGCAAGCAAAGGUGCCACCGGGCGAGGGGACAGAGCCCAGCCAGGAGCAACCCGUCACCAUGAUCUUCAUGGGCUACCAGAACGUGGAGGAUGAGAACGAGACCAAGAAGGUGCUGGGGCUGGAGGGCACCAUCAAGGCAGAGCUGGUGGUGAUCGAGGAUGCCGAGAGCAAGCCGGAGCCGGCACACAAGGACCACACGCCGCCCAACGGCACCGCCCUGGAGCCGGCGGCCGCCCAGCCACUGGGCGAGGAGGGUGCGGGCGGGCAGAAGCCGGGUGCCAACGCCACAGAUGCCAAGGAGGCCGAGCAGGAGACAGACGUGAAGAAGCAGCGCUGCAAGUGCUGCACGAACAGCCUGGCAGCCGCAGCCACCGGCGUCCCCAGGCCAGGCAGUGCCAGCCCCAGCGGGAACGGGGGCACCAAGGGGACUCUGAGGGUGACCUCAAAACUGAGCAGUGGCCCCUGUCUGGGACAAGGUUGGCACAGGAGUGACUCUUCCCAGGAGAUGGACAGGGUCACCAGGCACCUUGUGUUCCAGCUCCCACAGGCCUCGCAGAGGCACGACUCGCUGGCAGAUCUGAGGGCCAACAGCGAUGAUGAUGUGUUUGGCUCUGCUCAGCACAGCACCCAGAGGGUGGAAAAUGGCUACAGCUGGAAGAGGAGGUCCCAGUCACCCUCCUAUUUCCUGGAGGGUGGAAGAGAUGUCUGGACCCCAUCCCCGGACAGGGAGUCCAAGCUAGAGGUGGUGAGAUCAGGAAGCCUGUACGACCUCCGGGCUUACAAGGGUGAGAGGAAACCCUCAAAACUCUAUGAUGAUGAGGAGCAAGACCUGUACAGGGUCCCUCCACCCAACAUCUCACCUGAGAAAGCCAGGGAGCUCGAAGAUGAGAGGAAAGAGGUCAUCCGGAGCCAGGUGAUGAGGAAAAGCUCCACCAUCGCGGAGAGGUGGAGCUCCAUGGAUGAGCUGGGCUCCAUCAGCACGGGUGUGGGCAGCCAAGGUGAAGGCAGGCACACAGGCAGUGUCCCCACCAGCUUUGCCAUCUGGUUUGACAAACCUUCCCCAGGCAGGGCUGCAACGCCUGUUGACCCUGAGAAUAUUGACACAGAGCAGAUCAACUUCUCUGCGGCUCGGCAGCAGUUCCUGAUGCUGGAGAAGACCAACCCGGGCUCAUUUUUCAGCCCAGGGCAGCAGGCCAUGUCCCCAAGGCCUGAGUCAGUGACAAAAGUCUCCAGAGAAGAGUGGUACAGCCCUGAUUUGGCCACAAAGGGUACAAGAGACUACGGCAGUGCCAGUGCAUCAAGCCAGAGCAGGACAGACAAGAGCGUUUACCAGGUUGAUGGUGUGUCCUCAUACAAGACACCCGAGAGAGAGGAGGUUUAUGCUCCCAGAAAAGCUCACACAGAAAGGUCAUAUCCUAUUGGGAAGACAUCCAUCCUGACCAAAGCAUGGUCCAGAGAAGACCUGGACUCUGGCUUGGGUGAGAUGUAUAAUGAAGCCACUGCGGGCUACGCCAGCGAUGGAAGCACCUCCAACGAGACCUUCAAUGUGGAUCUGAGGGCCAGCAGCAAUGGGAUGGGCAAGGAGACGAGGGUCGGCAACGAGACACCCAUCGAGCGGGAGAUCCGCAUGGCGAUGGAAAGGGAGGAGAACCUCUGGAAGGAAAGGGGGAUCCAGCGGCUGACCUCCAGCAGCGAGCUGGUGGAGAUCCAGACCAAGCCUGUCCUCAACAUUCACAUGUCUCCCGGCCCAGGCAGGAAAGGGAAGGACAGAGGCCGCGCUUCCCUUUACGUCCAGAGGGAAAUUGAACAGGAAACAAAGCGUGAGGAAGAUCUGAAGAGGCAGGGGAGGCUGCUGGGGGCGUAUGACAGGGGGACGCAGCAGGAGCUGGAGGAGCGCAGGAGGGUGUUCGAGCAGGAGGAAGCCCCCCCACAGAAGCCCCUGAAAUGGGCAGAGGAGAGGAGGAGCUGGGUUAAAGAGUUUGUGGUGGAGCAGCCCUCGAGCCCCAGCCCCGCAGAAGACACCACGGCUGGGAGAAGCAUUCCCAGCUACACAGCGAGCAUCGCCCACUUCCAGCUGUCCCAGCCGCGCUUCGCCGCCAGCGAGAGGAGCCGGGAGCAGCCCUUGGUGUCCCAGCACGUUUCCGCCAGCGCCAGCAAAUGGGGGAGCGAGGAUUCCUGGGGAGGAAAGCUUCCCGGCUCCACCCCGAGCCCCGCCAGCACUGCUGUCCUGCCCAGAGAGUACUUGAACCUCUCCUUCUGGAAGCCCAAGGUGUCCUUCGUGGAGGACAUGGGGACACAGAGCCCGCUGCGGAGGGAGGACGGCCGGGAGGAGCAGUACCGGCUGCGGACAUGGAAGCCGCAGACAUCGGCGCUGAUCGAGGAGGAGAUCCGGAGUGACCUGCAGAGGGAAGAGGAGCUCCAGGAGCAGCGGCGGCGGCUGAUGGACACCUACAGCAAUGCUGUUCCCCAGGAGGGCUCUCGCUCUCGGCACAGCUCUGCUGCUUCAGGUGCCAGUGGCAACUACUCAGUGUCCGAGUCUCCUGCCUCCUCUCCUGCCUCACACCAGACGGGGAUCCUGGGGCUGAUCUCAUCCUUCACCCCGCUGAGAGUGACCAGUUCCUCCCAGGGCAGUGCAGAGACUCUCACCCCUGACUCAUCAUGUUCCAGCCCCUUUGAGGAGCGGAGGAGGAGGGUGAAGGAGGAUGGAAAGUACGCAGGCAUUGAACCCGUUGACAAGGUCAACACAGAGGUAAAGCCCUUCAUGAACGCGGGGGCUGCCCUGACGCCUCCCGCAUUCCCCGGCUCCCCUCACUCCUGGAGGCUUGUGGGAUGGACAGGGGUGGACAGGAUGGUCCUGGCUCCCACGGGGCCAUGGGGCCCACUUGGGUGGACACUGAGUCAGGCAAAACGGGCUGGGGAGCUGGCGGGAGGAGGGGGGGCAGCUCUGCAAACCAGAUUGUUAUGAAAGUUCUCUUCUUUAUAAAGAUCCUGCACGUUCUGGUCUCUGCAGGUGGUGGAAAGCACCCGAGUGUUUCGCCACAAGAGCGUCAUGGCCCAGCGCUGGGAGGCCGGGCAGUACGUCCGGGAUGAGGACUG